GAUUACAUUAUUACACCUGAAAGUGAAGAAACCAUGGCUAACCUCUCAAUUCACUUUCCUAGGACCACUUCUUCACCCGCUGCCAAUGCCACUAUAUCCAGUUCCUCCACAUCUUUCCGAUCCUUUUCUGGAAUUUCUCGGCUUCUCAAUUCCAAAAAAUGUAACAAUUACCAUGGUUUCAAGAUAGCUUGCCAAGCCAAAGAUAACAACGAACAACAAAACCCAUCCAGGAGAAAUGUGCUGAUUGGUUUAGGAGGGCUUUACGGUGCAUCCUCCAGUCAUUCGUUUGCAGCUCCAAUUCAAGGCCCUGAUGUUUCCAACUGCGGCCCUGCGGAAAUACCCGUAGGCGUCCCACCACCCGACUGUUGCCCUCGAGUUCCGGCGAAAAUCGUCGACUUCGAACCUCCUUCGUUCUCGACGAUUCGUGUCCGUCCGGCAGCCCAUUUGGUUGAUGGAAACUACAUCGCGAAGUACAAUAGGGCCGUACAACUUAUGAAAGCUUUGCCCGAAACCGAUCCGAGGAGUUUUCAAAACCAGGCUAAUGUUCAUUGUGCUUAUUGCGAUGCCGCUUAUGAUCAAGCCGGGUUCCCGAACCGCGAACUUCAGGUCCAUUUCUCAUGGCUUUUCCUGCCGUUUCACCGCUUCUACGUAUACUUCUUUGAACGGAUCUGCGGGAAAUUAAUCGAUGACCCGAAUUUCGCCUUGCCGUUCUGGAACUAUGACGUUCGAGAUGGAAUGGUUAUGCCAGCAUUUUAUGCUGAUCCGAAUUCCUCACUUUACGACCCGCUCCGGGAUGCAGCUCAUCAACCUCCAACAAUGAUGGACCUGGAUUUCGACGGUAACGAUUCGAACCUCUCCGGCAGCAAACAAUUGUCACAGAAUUUAACUAUCAUGUACAGGCAAAUAGUUGCGAAUGCAAAGACACCGCCUUUGUUUUUCGGGGGCGCUUACCGGGCGGGCGAUGAACCGGAUCCGGGAGCCGGAUCCAUAGAAAACAUCCCUCACAGCCCGGUUCACCUGUGGACUGGAGACAGAACUCAGCCUUAUGUAGAAGACAUGGGAGCUUUUUAUUCUACCGCCAGGGAUCCGAUUUUCUACGCUCAUCAUUCCAACCUGGAUCGACUAUGGUCCAUAUGGAAAACAUUGGGUGGAAAGAGACGGGAUAUAACCGACGCGGAUUGGCUAAACGCAUCAUUUCUCUUCUAUGACGAGAAUGCACAAAUGGUUCGUGUCCGGGUUCGAGAUUGUUUGGAUACAACCAAACUCGGGUACAAAUACCAGGAUACGGAGAUUCAAUGGCUGAAUUAUCGUCCCAAGCCCCGGAUUUCCAAGGCCACUAGGAUGCUGAAAAAGAAGUUGGGGUUUUCGAGUCAUGAAACCGGAGAUAUAUUUCCAUUGUCGCUUGAGAAAACGACAGUCAAAAUCAUGGUGAAAAGGCCUAGUAACAAGAAACGGUCCAAGAAGGAGAAAGACGAGAAAGACGAGAUUUUGGUGAUUGAAAAGAUUGUGGUGGAACGUGCUGAAUUUGUGAAGUUUGAUGUUUUUAUCAAUGACGAGGAUGAUCUUAAGAGUACCCCGGCCAACACUGAAUAUGCUGGGAGUUUCUGGAAUGUUCCCCGUCCCAAGACUAAUAAUAAUCAUGAUGAUGAUGAUGAUAACAAUCAUAACAACAAGAUUAAGACUAAUUUGAAAUUGGCGCUGACUGAGAUUUUGGAAGACCUGGAUUCCGAAGAAGAUGAUGCUGUGGCGGUGACUUUGGUUCCGAAAGCUGGAAAAGCUACUGUUGGUGGAUUGAAGAUCAAGAUUGACGACGUCGAAUACGAAUAA